AUGGCCAGUAUAGUGAGGAAUAGCAAUACCGAUGAAGAAGAUAUGGAGUCCUUAAGUGUUCCAAUACCUUUACCGGAUUAUUCAAGGAAUACUAUUGCUAGUAAUAAUAUUAAACAAACUGAACCAAAGAUAAGAAUCAAAUCGCAGAAUUCAUUGUUUUUGUUGUCAUACUCCGAUACGGAUUCGAACCCCAAUUUGGAGACAAUAAAUUGUUUCAAUAUCUCCAUUUAUGUGGAUAUUCCAACUAUAGACUACUAUAAUGACGAAUUAAAACAUUACAAACUAUCAAAACUGAACAAAAAAGUGAAAUUAAAUAAGUUAAGAUCGUCAAUAUGGAACUCUAUAUGCUCCGAGACAUUUUGGGAUACUGUCCUGAAUUCUCAGAAUCCAUUAACUUGCAUUUUAACCAUCAAUACAUCAGGUUCUAUUCGAUACGUUCAAACGAUUAAAUUCAUAAUAGAGUCAUUUUAUAAUAAGAUUUACGCUAAGAAUCCAAAGCUCUCAAUGAGAAUUAAUCUUUCCGUAUCUGACAUUUCAUUAAAAUGGUUUAAAACUUUUCUCGAUGAUCAUUUACUAGAUACAUCGUUAAUUAAUUUUAUCAACAUUGAUUACCAUCGUCAAAAUAAUGAUACAAAAAUUAUCAAAUCACCAUUUAAGGAAUAUUUCACAAAGUUAAGUAACAAAUUCACAACAAAAAAAACAACCGUCGAUGAGAUUGACUCUUUAAUUGUAAUAACAAAUAGUACCGGUAUAAGAGCCUUAUUAACCAUCCUUUCAGAUAAGCCAUUGACUAAUUUUGUUUCUGUUGAUUCAAUAAACAAAAAUAACAGUACAUUAAUAAAUAGAGAUUCUUCAUCCAUUUUAAAUUUUCAAAAUAAUCUACUAACUUCAAAUAAAGAUAAAUCAGUCCGAAUAAGGUCACUAUCAAUAAACAGGAAAUCUGCUACCUCACAUGUGAAAGGUACAACUUCUGCUAGUUCCAGUGAUGAGGAAGAAGAUGACAGUGACGAUUCUGAUUCUGAUUCGGAGAAUGUUCUCACAAAUUCUAAUUCAGCACAACUCGAAGAUAAAGAUGAAGGAAUCAGCUUUUAUGUACCCACUCUUUUUUCAAGAUCAAGUUCAAAUGCCGAUUUACCAGCUCAAAAUGAUAGUAGUCAAACCAUUUCAAAUGUCGGCGCCAAAAAGAAAAAUAGAUUCAGAUCAUUAAGUUUGAUGGAUCCAAUGUUGAGGAAACCUUUUUCCAAAGAUGAAUUGAAGAGAGAUAAGACUUUUGCCAACAUUUACGUUCAUGACGGUAGUUUCAUAAACAAUGGUGCGCCCUCCUAUAGUAAACGAAAAUAUUCAAUAAAUAAUAAGAGUCUUAUCCCACCUGAGUUUUAUUCGAGAAUAUCCUCACCUCCAACAAGUAAUAACAGCUCGAACACAUCUUUGAAUUCGUUUACAAAGAGUAAUAGCGGUGUCAAAUUGUUUGAGCAACACCUAAUAAAUAAAUCAUUUGAAGAUUUGCAUAAUAAUAGCAAUAUCUUCAAUGAUUUGAUCAACAGGAGGAAACGGCAACAACAAAAACAACAACAGCAACUCGGGUUGAAUUUCAAUAAUGAUAAUAAUACUACAAUAGAUCUUGAUAGUGAAGAUAAACUUCUUCUAGGAAAUUCGAAAGAUCACCAAGAAACAAUUGGUAAUUUGAAUUUGAAACUCUACGAUGACGAUAAGAACAGUGACAACGACACCAAGAAAGAUAAUCCUGCAAGUAAACACGUCAAAUUUAAAAAAAUCAUAUCUUUUGAUCUUUACGGCCCUAAUGACUGCGACAACAAUGAUACUAACUGGGUGUUGGGUGGUAAUAAUAAAUAA